AUGGCUAUACGCGAACCACUUGAAUACUCUGGCUCUCUGGACAGCUAUGCCAGGAUCGAGCAUACUCCUAUCAUUGGCACGGAGUUUCCGGACCUUCAGGUUGUGGAUAUACUCGAUGAUGACGAAAAGCUUCGAGAUUUGGCGAUUUUUGUGUCCCAACGAUGCGUGGUCUUCCUGCGAAACCAGGAUAUUGAUAUUGAGCAGCAGAAGAAGUUGGCUCAAAGGCUUGGCGAGCUUACGGGCAAGCCAAGCACUUCCACGCUGCAUAAACAUCCUGUGAAGCGAAACGAUCGUUACGGUCUCAAUAAAAACGAGAAUCUUGAUGAUGAGGUUACUAUAAUCUCAUCUGAAGCAAACCGCGACUUUUAUCCUGAACGAUUCCAAUAUCCGCCCCCUCUGGCCAGUCUUGGCUGGCACACUGAUAUGUCUUGGGAGAAAGCAUCUGCCGACUAUUCAGUUCUGAAAAUGAACUAUUUGCCUGAUGGCGCUGUUGGGGGCGAUACUCUGUGGGCCUCAGGAUAUGAGGCUUAUGAUCGGCUUUCGUCGCCAAUGAAGAACAUGGCAGACGGGCUAAAGCAAUGGCAUCAUCAGGACGAUUACAACGCUAUCUUCGGCCGAGAUCUCUCACAGCAACUGCAAGGAGAGCGCGGAUCCCCUUUCAACACGAGUACUGAUUGGAGAACUCUUCAACCCGUGGUCCGUACAAACCCCGUUACAGGGUGGAAGUCCCUCUUCGGGGCCGUGACCCCUCACCUCGUUUCAGGCAUUGAAGGUGUGACAAAGCAUGAAAGUGAUAUAUUACAGAAGUAUUUUCAUCAGCUUGUUGCCGAAAACCAUGACCUUCAAGUCCGCUUGAAGUGGCGUCAACAUGAUAUGGCUAUUUGGGAUAAGUAA